AUCAGACCAUUUCGGGCUUUGCAAAGGUUUCAUUAGUUCAUUCCUGCCUGUGUCUACAGUUUUCUUGAACUUCUUAUAACAAUUAUCUUGUGAUAGGUUUUGGAAAUCUUUUGAACCUUAAUAACAACAACAGUCGUCCUUUAGCUCUCCAUUACAUAAAUUUGGUCCACCCUCAAGUCCUCGCUCACUGUGUCCGUUUGUAUAUCAUUACAAUCGAAUUUAUCUACUCUCUCUUUCUUUUAAAGUGAAUUCAUAAUGUAGAGAGACAACUUGAAUUUGUUUGUCAGUGUGACUGCACAUUCUAGUGCCCUGUGAUAAGUACACCUCUGAAUCUACUUUUUGGCGAACACUAAAAAUGCCGUACAUCUACAUUGGACGUAAAACGACACAUGUCGGUAAGACACUGUGGCAACUUCUGGGUAAUUUAAAGGACUAUGGAGUCGGCAGAUUGAUAAUCAGAGGUUCUCAACAGCGUUAUGAAGAACCAUGUUUUCUUAGGAUAGCUCGAGUAUUCCCACAGUUUCACGAGCCUGAAGAUGAGCCGAGAAAAGUAGCAGUGUGGGCUGAAAAUGUUUUUCGGGGCAACAGAUACCCAGAUCUUGUUCAGAUUAUGCGUGUAACCAGAAAGCAUGACUUUCAGUUAGUACCCAAAGAAGACGAGGAUCGUCUCUAUGAAUUGGCAAAAGUUAAGAGGAAAACACCAAACGUAGUCCCAAACAAGCGCUGUGUGCCACCUUUGUUGAAGGAACUCUUGCUUAGAGAAGCAGUUGCUGAAAGUAAAAAGAUAGAAGAACCAGAAUUGAAGCUCAAUUUACGCAAAUCGAAAAAUAACGAUGCCAGAGAAGAUCCCACUUUACCAGCAACAGAAGGUCUUGGCACCCCACCCGCAGAGGCCGCAUGUCUAUACACCAAUAUUGAUACAUAUUUUCAAGCCAGGCAAGCUGGGACAACACACCCAAAGUUUCCGUAUAAUCGCAGUGGUAAAUUAAAUGGUUAGAUUGAUAUGAUUUUUUUUCCUUAACUUUCAGUCAGGAAAAAUGCAUAUAUUUUCAUGCGAGAUCUUGGGUUCUUUCAUUAUGCUUAGCAUGAGAAUAUUAAGUUUUGUUGCGCAAAGUAGCUCAACCUACAGAAUUUUUUUCUUUUUUGAUUGUGCUGGCAUUGAUACAGUGGUACAUGAAUGAUUUUAUUAUUAAAUUGUUUUUUAAUUGACUAAAA